CUAGGCAGUGCGCUCGGCGUCAGCGACGGUCAUCAGAGCUGACGGUGAAGUCGGACGAUAUUAGCGAGACGAAACCCGCCGCAAGGUGGGCUGAAUUUUCUGUCUGGACUGUAGACUAUCUCAAACUCAUGGAACAUUUGCUGAAGGGUAUCAAAAGGAGACAAUUUGCAGACAGCAGUGUCAAACCAAACAUCAAGAUGUGACAGUCCCUAGAUUCAUCAGGACCUGAAAAUCAUCAUCCUUUGAACGUGGAAGGAGAAAUAUUUCUUUGUUCUGUCUGAGAGAAAAGAUUUCAAAUGUCAGUGUGACUGGAAAACUAACACACAAAUCCAAGUGUUCGAGUGAAUUGGCUGGAAACAGCUUUAAUCAAUUACACAGGCAAGCAAGAGUAUUCCAGUGAACUGAUUGUGGAAAUGAGCUUUAACCAGUGACACUAUUCAAAAAAAGUCACACCAUUCACAGUGGGGAGAAACCAUAUUUGUGUCUUGUGUGUUGACAAGGCUUCAACUGAUUGUCCAACUUAGGGAGACACAUAAACAACUGUUCCAUGGAGAAACCGUGGAAAUGUGGGGACUGUGGGAAAGGAUUCAGAUCCCCAUCUGACCUGGAAAUUCAUCGACGCAGUCACACCGGUGAAAGACCGUUCACCUGCUCUGAGUGUGGGAGGGGAUACAUUCAGUUAUCCAGCUUGCAGACACAUCAGAGAACUCACACUGGGGAGAUGCCAUUCAGUUGCUCUGAAUGUAGGAAGGGUUUCACUCGAUCAUCCACCCUGCUGAAACACCAGCAAGUUCACACCGGGGAGAGACCGUUCACCUGCUCUGAGUGUGGGAAGGGAUUCACCCAUUCUUCCAACCUCCUGACACACCAGCGAGUUCACACUGGGGAGAGGCCUUUCACCUGCUCAGAGUGUGGGAAACGAUUCUCUGAUUCGUCGACCCUGCUGAAACAUCAGCAAGUUCACACUGACGAGAGACCUUUUAUCUGCGCAGACUGUGGAAAAUGCUAUAAAAGUUCCAGAGAGCUGUCAUGCCAUCAGCGUGCUCACACUGAUGAGAGACCCUUCAGGUGCUCUCACUGUGGGACAGGGUUCAAAACGACAUCUGACCUCACUGUACAUCAGCGAGUUCACACUGGAGAGAAACCAUUUACCUGCUUUGAGUGUGGGAAAAGAUUCACUUAUUCAUCCAACCUCCUGAGGCAUCAGCGUAAUCACACGGAUACAAGAACUUCUCAAUGUUCUGAUGGUGAAGAGAGCUUUAAAAGUAGCAAUGACUUGCAGACACACCAAUGCACUGAUGUGGAGAGAGUCCGUCCUCCUGUUGUGAUUAUGGGAAAGGAUUCACUGAUUCAAUCAAUCUGCUCCAUAGGACUUGGAGGAACACAAGUGCACACCAUGGAGAAACCCUGGAAAUGUGGGGAUUGUGGAAAGGGAUUUAAUUACCCAUCUCAACUGGAGAUUCAUCAGCGCACUCACACUGGGGAGAAACCGUUCACCUGCUCUGUCUGUGGGAAGGGCUUCACUCACUCUUCCCAUGUUGCGACACACCAGCGUGUUCACUCCGAUAACAAACCUUUUCAUUGUUCUGACUGUGAGAAGCGCUUCAAAAGCAAAAAGGAUCUGAUAACACACCAAUAUAUUCACACUGGGGAGAGACCAUUCACUUGCACAGUGUGUGGGAAGGGAUUUACACGUUCAUCCACACUGGUGAAACACCAACGGGUUCACACUGGGGAGAGACCAUUCACCUGCUCAGUGUGUGGGAAGGGGUUCAGUAAUUCAUCACAUCUUCUGACGCACCAGCAGGUUCACACAGGGGACAGACCAUUUAUCUGUUCCAUGUGUAGGAAGGGAUUCACCCGUUUAUCCCACUUACAGACACACCAGCGAGUGCACACUGGGGAGAGGCCUUUCACCUGCUCUGAGUGUGGGAAGGGGUUCACUCAGUCAUCCAACUUGCUCACACACCAGCGAGUUCACAAGUAACAACAGGGCUUUUAUUGGGUUAGUGUCAUUUUUCAUCACAUGCAAUACUAAAUACAUUCAUUCUGAGUUUGUUCCCAGUUUGGGCAUAGGUCGGCUCAGUUGGCUGGAUGGCUGGCUCGCAGUACAGAGCGACGCUAACAGCAUGGUUUCAAUUCCCGUACUGGUUGAUGUCACCUGGAAGGUUGCACCUUGCCCCUCAUCUGAAGGAUGGUGACCCUCUGGCUAAACCAUCACUAGUCAGAUCUCUGUCAUGAAUGAGAGAGCAAUGCUAUGGCUAUUUUGGGACUGUGGCUCCUUCUCCAGAUUUUACAACAGUCCAAAUAAUAACUGGGUAGAUGAUUAAUACUCUGGUUAAAUAUGAAAUCAAUCAUCGUUGAUUUAAACACAUCAUCGUAAGUUUCUGUCUUUUCCACCUAAGAGUUGAUCUUCACUUGGCUGGAGCUCACGAAGGGCAAUCUUGGGGGAAAAUCAUACAGCAGGUACACAAUUUCAAUCUGUGCAUGGUCAUCCAGGAUCACACUGAGAGGGCCAAACAUCUCUGGUCUUUCUAACCUCUCUGACACCAAAGUUCCUUUGAGAGUCAAUCCUUUGGUGUGUAAGAACAUUAUCCUAGCUACUCUAUGCCACGGAUCAGAGCUUGUAGACAUGGAGCACAGAGCUUUCUACAACUGGGUUCAGAGUCAGCAUGAUGAAUGGGGUACGCCGGAAAUGUGCCGUUCAAAUCAAAGAUUGAUGUCACAUUGGGAUCUGUUCACCUGAAAGUGAAAUGGUAGGUUUAGGUUUCCAGUCUGAAAACAGCUGCUGUAAUUAUUCUCCAGCAUUCUAAUGUACUUCUGUAGUAAGUUCUGAAGCUACUAUUUUGAAACUUAAUUUUCAUUCCAGUGAACCUACUGAAAAAUAAAUUGAUUCAAGCCUGCAUUAAAGUAGCUGAUGGAGGAAUUCAGACGAUUCUGUUAACUGUUCCUAUUUUUAAGUGGUAGACAUUUGAUCUUGAUAUUAAGAAGGGUACAGUAGCUAAGUACUUCUGUUACUGGAUUAUUAAUGGAGUAGCUGAACUGAUAACCUGCAGAAGUGAGUUCCAAACCCACCACUGAAGUUGGGGAACUCAAAUUCGGUUAAUUGAAUAAAUCUGGAAGGAAUAAAAUGCUGGUAUAAGUGAGCAUAAAACUGCUGCAUUGUUAUAAAAAGUCUGACUGGGUUGCUGUCAUCUUCCAGGAAAUGAAACUGGAUUUCCUAACCUCAUCUGGCCCAAAGGUGACUACAGAGGAACAGCAGUGUGUUUGACUCAUUUCUGAACUCUCAUCCCUCUCUAAGCCUGGUUUUAUCCAGGCAGGGGUCACAGUGGAGAGAGACCUGUUCAUCUGUGCCGAAUUCGGAGGGGAUUCACUCAAUCAUUUGGCUUACUGUUUCACUCCCAGUCAUUUCCUGUAUGUGCGUUAUAUGUUUCAUGGAAUCAGCUACUCUGAUGGAUGAUUGACUUGUCCACAUUGGGGAAAGACUGUCCAGCCUAGCCAGCAUUUUCAUAUUAGGUCAGAGUGUUCAUUUGAAGUUUGGGGAGAGACAUCUGACAUGUUAACAAGGUCACAUGACAGAUGACGUUUGCAUGUAUGUUAGUAUCUGAGUAGAAAAGGAUUUAAUCAUCAAUGUAAUUAUAAAGACAAAAUGGGGAGAUACUUUUUAUCUGCUUCCUGUGUGGGAACAAAUUUGCUGAUAAUGUGCACAAUACCUUUAAAAGAUCAUGGAAUACAUUUCAAAUUAUUGCAGGGCCUUUUCCAGUAACUGCAAAAUCUACAUGGCAUUUUUACAGAAUUAUCUGUAUCCAAACCCUUUUAAACAAGCUCAGAAACUAUGACACGUCGGUUUUAAGUUUUUAGUAUUAUUUUACUUUGCAACCUACGAUGUCAGGAAAGCACAAAUUAGAAUACUAACUAGAGGAUUCAUCAGAAAGAGCUGUGAAGGUAUGGUACUAAUUUGAUUUGACUGAUUGAAUGUAGACUUCUUCAAACACCAUGGACUUCUGUACAAGGACCCUUUUUCUUCUGAGGAAGGUCUUUGUAGCUUGAUGACAUCAUAUCAACAGUUUUUCCCAGUAAAAUGGAAUACAGAAAUUGACAAAGGCUCCCUAGAAAGUGCCUUGUAAACCCACAACCACUUCAGUCCAGAAGGACAAAGGCAGCAGAUGAAUGACAACACAGUUAUAUACAAGUUACUUCCAAAACCACUCACCAUCCUGACUUGGAAAUACAUUACCGUUCCUUCAGUGGCACUGGGACAAAGUCUUGACAUUUGCUCCCUAACAGUGUUGUGGGUGUCCCUACAGCAAAUGAACUGCUGCCGUUCAAGAACACAGCUCACUACCACCUUCUCAGGGGCAACCAAGAGUGAGCAAUAAAUGGUGGGCCCAAGCAGAGACAUCUACGUCCCACGAGUGAGCAAAAAAAAACCCCAUUAAUUCCAUCUUGUAAAUUAUGCGGUAUUCUUUGCUGAGUCUUCACUAAGCUGUCAUGUUUUCUCUGAUGCUUUGAAACUGAAUAUCUUGGCUCUCUCUGAAAGAAAUAAUAAUAAUAAUCUUUCUAUUUAGUUCAUCAUUGACCCUCAAUGUGACAUCCAAGAACUUGCUCCUAUCGCAGGUUCUUAAUUUUAAUGUGUGUCUUUAUUAUUGAGAAAUAUUCAACCAAACUAUUACAAUAAUUUGGAUUUUUCCUGCCUGACCUUGUGCCUAUUUCCCUAUCUCAAGGCUCAAGAAGAUUCUUCAUUUUGUAGCCUCGAAGCAUCUGUUGGUCAAUGCAAACAUCUCCAUUAUAUUCUUUCUCACUGUCAAUUGCCUUCAAAUCGUGGGCAGAUGAUGGCCCAGUGGUAUUAUCAAUAGAUUAUUAAUCCAGAGACUCAGGUAAUGUUGUGGGGCCAAUGUUCAAAUCCUGCCAUUGCAGGUGGUGAUUGCAAUGAGGUUAGUCAGCUGGACCUCAGAAAAUGAGUUCCCUGAGUGGGGCUGUUAAUUUUGGCCCAAUCAGGGACCCCUGGCUGCCAGUUUAAUCGUUAGAGAUACUGACACUCUGGUGCCUGACUCAAUGAGGCAGUACUGUAUCAAUGACUGUUCAUAUGUGAAUAAAGGCUGAUUUGGUGAUGGGAUUCUGGCCCGUGUGAA